CAGUUAUGAAUGACAUAUCCUAAUCCCCAUUGUUACACAAAAUACCAAAACCCAUGCCAAAAUCCUCUCUCUCUCUCUCCAUACAUUGACACAAUCUUUCUCUCUCCAAAAAUAAAACAAGAAGGGUAGUAGACAACGCCAAAGGCAUAAGCCACCUGUUGUUCUCUCUCCAUAAACCACCACCAUCAGAAACCAAACAAGGAUCAAAACUUUGAGCAAAAACCCUAAUUCCCUUUCUCUUCCUCCGCAUUUCUCACCUUUUUUCUCCAAAUGGGUCUGUAUCUAUAGGCCUUAAAUACACACAUACACACACACAAAGAAUCCCAUCAGCACACAUUCAAAGAUUACCAAAAUCUGAUAAACCCCACCUCCUUUUUUCCCCUCUGUGCACAGCAAGCAAAUUUGGUUUAUAAUCCCUUAAAUCAUUUCCAAUUCUCUCUCUCUAUAUAUUCAUAUAUUUAUAUUUUACAGUUUUUUGUUGGGUGUGUUUUGAUUCCAUGGCUGCUGGUGUUGAGGGUUUGGGUGAGGCCGCAGUGGUUCAGUCACCGGAGACUGACACUGCUGCUAAUGGUAAUGCUGAAUCGGUGGAAAAUGUUGAUGAUAAGGAAUCUGAUUCGAAAAAAUCAGAAUUCAAAAUGCAAGAAAUCGCUGAUAUGUUAUCUAAGCUGAAGCUGAAUCCGAUGGCGAAGGAAUUCUUUCCUUCAUCUUACUUGGUGAUCAGUCCAAAUCGCGAUCAAUUCGGGCCUGCUGAUGGUUUCUCUCCGGUUAACAAUCAGCUUUUUGGCGAUGAUGGGUACCCGAAUAAUCGCAGGAGAAGAAAUAAUUAUAACCAGGGGAGGAGGAGGUUGAAUGGUAGAGCUUUUAGGGCUCAAAGAGAAGAAAGUAUCAGGCGAACGGUGUAUGUUUCUGAACUUGAUCAUAACGUCACCGAAGAACAGCUUGCUGACUUAUUUAGUACUAAAUGUGGACAAGUUGUUGAUUGCCGAAUUUGUGGCGAUCCACAUUCACGUCUUCACUUUGCAUUUGUCGAGUUUGCCGAUGAGGUAAGUGCAGGAGAAGCUCUUAACUUUGGUGGGACACUAAUUGGUUUCUAUCCAAUUAAGGUCUUACCUUCAAAAACUGCUAUCCUUCCUGUGAAUCCAACAUUUCUCCCCAGGUCUGAGGAUGAACGGGAGAUGUGUGCGAGGACGGUCUACUGUACAAACAUUGAUAAGGAGAUCUCUCAAGCUGCUGUCAAGUUCUUUUUUGAAUCAUAUUGUGGCGAGGUUUCUCGCCUGAGGCUUUUGGGGGAUAAUGUGCAUUCGACUCGUAUUGCUUUUGUUGAAUUCACUAUGGCAGAGAGUGCCAUUGCAGCACUGGAUUGUAGCGGGAGGAUAUUGGGAACCCAACCUAUCAGGGUGAGUCCUUCAAAGACCCCUGUGAGGCCGCGUGUUCCCCGCCCUGCACUUCCUUGACUAAUUUCCGGAGCCUGAGACCCAUCGGUGGAAGUCAGUGGAUUCCCUGUUGAGAGAGAGAAAGAGAGUUGUGAUGGAUUGCCGAACCUUUCUUUCAUUUCCAGCGUUUCUGUUGUUUCCAUUUUCAACCGUAAGUUAAACAAUAUCGUGACUUGUUUCAUUCAGGUUUUUUGGGGUAUGGUCCUGUUAAACUGUUAAAACUUAAUCUAUCUUUUGCUUAUGCCUGCAAUCUAUUAGCUUUAGACA